AACAGUGUGAAUAAGAGCUGUUGGCAUGAAAGUGCACAUUCUGUGUCCUGAUCUGGUGCGGAGAAAGGACCAUGAGCAGGAUGGAUGAAAGUAUUGUCAGGCAGAUGGAGAAGGGAAUGGCCAGGUGGGGAGGUCUGAGCUCCCUGCAGGAUCAGUAAGGCUCAGAGUGUCUUAGACUUAAUCCUGCCCCCCUCCCCACAGAUCCACCCAGCCACCUGCCUGCCUGAUCCCUCAGCCAAAUGGACUUCUCCCUGGGCCUACGCUUGGGGCCCCGGAAUAAGAAGGCUACCUAUCAGGAGCCCCCUCCAUCCUCUGGGCGUGGGCCUCCAGCUACCUCUCCCUGCUUGUCCUGUCCCCCUUCUACUUGUGCCUGCCCCUGUCCCAGCUGUCCCCCACCCACCUGUUCCUGCACUGCUUGUCCCUCAUAUACCUGCCCUUAUUGCCCAGGCCUCCCCGGCCCACCCUGCACCUGCUCUUGCUCUCCUUGCCCUACCUGUCCUCCCUCAACUUGUCCCCAUACGUACUGCGUCCCCUGCUCAAGUCCACCUUUGACCUACUGCCAGCCUUCGCCUUGCCCCAUUUACCCUUGUCCCACAGGCCAGACUGCCUGUGGGAGCUCCCACCUGGGCUGCAGCGGCAGCUGUAGUUAUGGCCGUGGUGCUGCUUGGAAGCCUCGGGGCUCCACAGGCUGCUGCAGUUUCUGCUUCAGGAGACAGAGGGCUUCUCAAGGACUCUGUCUGAUAAUCUAGG